AACGGUCAGGAAGUAAAGUUGUACUGAACUCUAGCUUGCAUCAUUAUUAUAUACGAGAGUGGAAGGUGGAAGUUAUAAUAUAAGAAGAUAUAAGAAGAUAAGCAGUCGUUACUUCGCUAUACUCGUUCGCUUGAGAAUAUAACUAUUUAAUAACUAUUUAAUAACUUUUUUAUAACUAUAAGUGUGUCAUUUUCGUAUCGUUUCCCAGACGGCACAAAUGUCCAAAAUCGAGUCAUAAGACGUCUUUAAGGCAACUUUAAGACAUCUUUAAGACAAUACUUUAUAAUCUUAUCUUAAAGACAACUUAAAGACGUCUUAAAGACGUCUUAUGUCCCACUUUUAGAUAUUGUGCUGUCUAAGUUGUUACGCUCUCGCGGGAUGUUGAAUUUUGGAAUCGUACAUUCUUGCUUUUAUUUUGUUCUUUACCAGUGAAUUUGCUUAUUUAUUAUUGUUACGUGUAUCUAAGAGUAUCGAUUGUUGGCAAAUGGAAAAACAUCUUUGAAAACUAUUGUGAUCGUAUAGUAAUUAUCGUGCUUAAUAUACACGUCCGACUUUACCACCUCUUCUGUUUGCACCUUGAUUGAGUUUAUCGAAGCAAAAAUUCAAUCGUAUAUUACUUUCAACGAAAUGAGAAGAAAACACAUCGAUGAUGUUCAACCGGCAACGGUGAAAGAACAUUAUGAUUUAAUAUUAAAGGAAGAAAGCUUAAUUAAUCAUGAACCGCAUAAUAUAACACCCGAGGACCUCCCAGAUUGGUACGACGAAAAAUUGUUCAAAAUACAUCAAAGUCUUUAUGCAAGGAACAUAAUAUCCUUCGUCAUUGGUGUUUUAGUAGGAUUCAUUGGAUUAUUUGCAGUUCCAUCGAUAUCAAAGGUGCUCUGGUAUGUAAAAGGAAGUCAUACGCCGUGUUUAGCAUACAAGAGAUAUUAUCAGACUUUACUGUACAUGCAUCACGUAUAUUUAGCUGAUCUACAGAAUUCAGAUGACAAAUUUUACAAAUAUAUAAACACAAUUCGCUAUAAACAUACGUUCAACUCCAAUAAAGCAAGGAAUGGUAAUGGUGAAGGAAUUUAUCAAAGGGACAUGGUUUUAACACAAGUCGCUGCAAUAGGAUAUAUUUUUGUCAUGCCUGAGGUUUUCGGCUUACGCAUUAAACCGGAAGAAGAAAUGGCAAUGAUUCAUGUUUGGCGCGUAAUGGGACGUAUGCUAGAAAUUCCCGAUCGAAUAAAUGUAUGUCGCAAAGACGUUGCGGAGACGCGAGAAUUAUUUCUGAUGUUAAUAGAUAAAUUUUCCGCACAUUUAAACAAUCCGUCACCUGAGUACAACGAAUUAACAAACGCCUUGCUAGAUGGAUUGUGGUACGGCAAUAUAGGUAUAAAUAAGGAAGCUUUCCUGAUGUUUAUAUAUCAGCUCAAUAAUGUCAAACAUAAGAUAUCGCUGCGAUGGUAUAAUUGGAUAAUUCUGAAAUGUUAUAAAUUCAUAUUCCGGCUGUUACUUAUACCAUACAUCGGACCGGUAACGAAGAUUAUUUUCAACAAGACAAUUCUCAUUACCCUCUACUUCGCACAGAACUUACCCCUUAUCGCAUGGAUGUCAUUCGGAAGGAAAAAGUCUCAGUUAAUAUUGUAAGAGUUCUAAAUACAGCCAAUAAGAAUAAAAUAUCACCAAUGACAGUCAGCAAUUUGACAACAGAUUUGUUCGGAAUAUUGUGAUACGUAUGCAGCAAACUGUAUACACAAUUUAUAUGGUGAAAUUUAUAUUCGCCCACAAAUUAGCCAUCGUAUUUCGUUAGAAUCCUGUUAUAUUUUUAUUGACAUGUUGUAUUGGUCAAAUUUGUAAACGAAUAUUCUAUGAAAUUCCUUUUGUCGUGCCCUUUUUCGAUAGGACGCGAGAGAAAAGGAUUUCGGAGUUGCGGGCGCGGUAGGGUAUGUGGUGGUGGGAUAAUCAAUGGUUGUAGUCGAAUGUAUAGUAAAAUAACUUUAUUGUAAAGAGUACUAGUUUAUUUGUUAAACUCCCGAAACUUAUAUUCACACACGCGGUAUGUGCGACAGGUACGUACGUCGCGGGCGAGAGACCGAAAGAAUUCUUUCGAGCGCGGUCUUCUCCGCUCUUUUAUAAUAAUGAUUAACCUUAUCGGCGGGGAUACCUUGGCAACAAGGAAGUUACCAAAUUUGGUAAUAAUCCGGUGCGUGGUCAAAGUCCGAGGCGUGGAAUGUACAAGGUGGUGCUUAGCGCAGCACUUGCACAUCCGCUGUCUCGUUGUAGCGCGGUCGAAACGGUUCUUCGUGAAGCGUUUCGGCAGCGUUAAUAAUAUUCACGAUUAUAACACUUUCAACGAGUUGAUUAUUCAAAGGAAUAACACGACUUCUCAAUUCUAUGCGAAAGGACCGUUUAUAAAAGUAACACGAUCACAUUUUAUUGUCCACGAAACCUCACAAUUGUUGAGCCAUGACCUAUAAAGUUUAUGUCUUAUAUCGCUACUAUUUAGUUAUUCUAGCUAGUAAUAAGUUAAUAAUGUUACUUCUUCUAGUUAGUUAGUUACAAGAAUAAUAUGUUAUAAAUAAGUUAAUAGCUAGGUAAGAAAUAUUACAUAAUGGUGAAGUGGAGAAAUUUAAAUACUUGUGAAAUAAACUUUUUAUAUGUAUAUGCGGACGUAUGUUUGUUCUGGCAUGCGGUACAGUUUUUAAGCGGUACAGUUAAUAAUUGAACAGUUUUCAUAAUCAUUUGAAACUUUUUGUUACGACUGUCAGACAGUGUUUGCUCUUAUCUAGAUAAAAUUAUAUAGAUGAUCAACUAGAUGAAAUUUUGAUGUCAUCUUAUCUUUAUCUAGAUAAUAAAAAAUUGGAACUAUCUUUAUCUGCAUCUUAGAUAAAAAAAUAUUAUCUUUACUAAAUUAUCUAAAAUAACAUUUAUAUAAUUUGGUUUAUGUUGCUAAAAAUAUGCAAAUUAUACUGAUAUAUUCUGAAAUAGAAUAACACAAUCGCUUAUGGCUCUCGCAGUCAACGCGAUACGCGACGCGUGACGUCCAAUGAACAUACAGCUUUUUUGGAAUAGCAAUAUUUUUAUUGGAUAUCACGUGUUGUAGAUCGCGUCGUUCGUCGCGCCAGUUUGCGAGAGUCAAUAACCGCACGCUGCUACGAGACGAUGCGCGAAAACGUGCGCGAAUGCGUGCACUAUUGUUUGCGACACGCGUGUAUCUGCUAGUGCCGAGCGCCGAACGCUUAAACGUUUGUUGCCGCGUGAUUCCGCUUGCACUCGCGUGCGCUUAUGGUUAUGUGACAUUAGUGUGCGGCAGAAACAGCUCGUGUAAAUAAGUCCAAAGUGAACUAAAAUUUGGUAAAAGUCACCCUUAAAUGUGUAUACACUGAAUAUAAAUUCAAAAACUGUGUAAUAGAGUUAUAAUUUGGUUAUAAUUUGGACUGGACAACGGAUCUACAGAUCCAGGAUACUUUUGAAAGAAAGAAAGAAAGAAAGAGAGUGUGUGGUUAUUGUAAAUAAAAAAAAAAA